GAGUGAAGGCGGAAAAGGGAGUGUCUUCGCAUUUCAGAGAAGGCCCAGAAGAAAAUAGAGAGAGAGAGAGAUAGAGAGGAGAGGGCUGAAAGGGUGUCGUUUUUUUAUUAAAAAAUGGCCGUAUCCUCCUGUGCGUGUCCUCCUAGGGUUUUUAAUGCUUAUUCUUCAUUCGAGUGCCGUUCCGAUCCCGAUUUCUCCGGCGCGCCGAUCGGCGACAAGCCUCGGGUCCGGUCAAGCCGAAGGGUAACGGCGGCAUCAUUUUGUACUGGAGGAAUCGGCGGCGGGGGUCUGUCGUCUCUGAUCUUUCGUUUCCCGCCAAACUUCGUUCGCCAGCUCAGCAUUAAGGCUCGCCGCAACUGUAGCAACAUCGGUGUCGCGCAAAUAGUCGCGGCUUCGUGGUCGAACAGUCCCGCCUCAGGUUCCCCUUCCUCAGCGGCGGCUGCUGCUCAGGCAGCCGCAGCCGCCACCGUCCACGUUUCUGAUGACGUGGCGGUUGUACAAGGUUGUAAUGACAACGGUAGUGUACAGAUUGGGGGUUCAGAUAAUUCAACGACAUCCUUUUUGAGCUCCGAUGGGAGCAUCACGGUUCAUGCUGGUGAAAGAUUAGGUCGGGGUAUAGUUACUGAUGCAAUUACUACUCCAGUGGUUAAUACUUCUGCUUACUUCUUUAAGAAAACUCAGGAGCUUAUUGACUUCAAGGAGAAACGCCAUAAAAGUUUUGAAUAUGGACGGUAUGGAAAUCCGACGACAGUGGUUGCAGAAGAGAAGAUUAGUGCACUUGAGGGUGCUGAAUCGACCCUAAUUGUGGCAUCUGGAAUGUGCGUUAGCACUGUCAUGCUGAUGGCAUUGGUUCCUGCUGGUGGGCAUAUUGUGACAACAACGGAUUGCUACCGGAAGACUAGGAUAUUCAUUGAGACAAUUCUGCCUAAAAUGGGAAUCUCGGCUACUGUUAUUGACCCUGCAGAUGUGGAUGGCUUGGAGGCUGCACUGAACAAGAAUAAAGUUUCUCUUUUCUUUACUGAGUCUCCAACAAAUCCGUUCCUCAGAUGUGUUGACAUAGAAAAAGUUUCAAAGCUGUGUCACAGCAAAGGAGUACUUGUCUGCAUUGAUGGUACCUUUGCUACACCUCUUAACCAGAAGGUCCUGGCCCUUGGUGCUGAUCUUGUUUUGCACUCUGCAACAAAAUUCAUUGGGGGCCACAAUGAUGUUCUUGCUGGUUGUGUUAGUGGUUCUGAGAAGUUGAUUACUGAAAUUCGUACUUUGCAUCAUAUUUUGGGCGGUACUCUCAACCCGAAUGCCGCGUAUCUGAUCAUCAGAGGCAUGAAGACACUGCAUCUUCGUGUACAGCAACAGAAUUCAACAGCAUUGAAGAUGGCCAAAGUUUUGGAGGCUCAUCCUAGGGUGAAACGCGUCUAUUAUCCAGGCUUACCAAGUCAUCCUGAACAUGAAAUUGCCAAGCAGCAAAUGACUGGCUUUGGUGGUGUGGUCAGUUUUGAGGUGGAUGGAGAUUUGAUGACCACCAUUAAGUUUGUUGAUGCAUUGAAGAUACCAUACAUUGCCCCAUCCUUUGGUGGAUGUGAAAGCAUUGUGGAUCAGCCAGCUAUAAUGUCCUAUUGGGAUCUUACCCAAGCUGAGAGGCGAAAGUAUGGAAUCGAGGAUAACUUGGUCCGAUUUAGCUUUGGAGUUGAAGACUUUAAAGAUUUGAAGGCUGAUAUACUCCAGGCCCUGGAAACCAUAUAAAGGCGUGCAUUGCCUGCCCUUUUAUAUAUUUUCAGACUCUUCAUUACAAGCCUUUUGGUCUGGCCUAGUUAUUUUGGUGUUUCAAUUGGGCAGCUCAUUGCUUGAAUGAAGUAAUGAUCUGUUGAAUAAUUGGCUACUUUAUUUAAUGCUUUUUCUCAAUGCGAUGCGGAUUUUGAUGAUGUAAUCAAAACUGAAAAGGAAAAUGCAAGCUCACGGAGGAAUUCCCGUUCAUGGGAUUGACGUUGUUCAAA